UCCUCGUCGCAGUGCGAUACGGUCGAUAGAAGCGAGCCACGUAGAGCACAGCCACGGUGGUUGCAGCAAAUUGCAGUAACGAACGCGACGUCAGCGCGUGGUGUACGAGAAUCAUCCCUUGCGCCACGGUUCACUUUACUCGUCUGCGCUUCUGCCUACUCGAUCUUCGGGAUCGAGCUCGUUCAUUCCGCUCGUGGAUGCGGAUGAAGCCGCGACUAUGUGAGCGAAAUUAUAGUGAAUUACGGAGCAUCUUUAGGAUAUUCGUCGAGUUUACCGCCGUAUUACCUCAUUGUGUGUCGGUGCAAAAUAAUUUUCGCACGGAAAUUACGUCCGUAUAAUCUAUAUGCGGUUGUGUUUGUCGUUCUAUACGAAGAUUUAUGCAAGUACAGCUAUUGGCCGCAAGUUCGUGCAGAAACCUCUGACAGUUCUGCUCUUCUCUUUCCAAUCGACCUUCUCCAUUGUCUCGUAAACAUAACAGCUGUUGAAAGACUUUACGCAUUUACACGAAUUUCUAAGGCUGAUUAUCCGCGAACCCGGAAACCAAAGGUAUUCACGGUGCAGUUGAAGGAUUCCUAACAAGUCCGUGGACAAAACGGCGAGGAAAUCGGAAACGACCGAUUUGUCAUAGUCAUGUGAAUCUUUUUGCGCCUGCAAGUCAGACAGUUGCGAAAUUACGGCUGAAAGAUUUUGCACAGAUCGUUCAUCGAUCACUCCAGAAGUUUCCGACACGGGGCUGUGACACAACCGUAUCACAAACCUGUGGCAAAAAUAACGCGAAAAACUCGUUGAAAAAGUACGAAGGUAUACAAACAAGUACGCUUGAACGAACACCAGUCAACUAUAAAGUCUCGUGCAAACAGGAGCGAAGCGUCACCAUUCGCCGUGACAUUGGACGCAGCUCCGAAAACUGUUUACGUAUCAGACAUCGGCAUCGACACCAAGAUAUUUCAUCGCGCUCACGUCGCGGGAUUCUAAAUCGUGACAUGAGUAACUGCCAGCCUUGAGGACAGACACGACCUUUCCUCACUCUCAAUUGUCGGUCGCUGAAUGAUAAAUUUAUCGUGGCGCACUAAAAGGUCUCAAUAACAUAUUUGCCAGACGUAUUUGUCGAUCGGUGGGAUAAUGCCGGCUAUCUCGAAACUUCGGAAUUCAUCAACCGUCAGAUAUCAUCAGGGUAUCUUCGAGUCAACGUGAGGGGAACACGUGCGUGGACUGUGAAGUGCAACUUGAGAGUGGAAAGGCUGACGUGGACGCCGGUGAAGUAUCGAUCGACCUGCAUCUUGAAGAGGAUGCUCCCUUCGGUCUCGUAGGAGCAGAGCUCACGUCGCAGUCACGUGUCGCGGGGGACGCGAGAGCGGACGCAGACGCGAGGACAGAGGGACGGGAAGAGGCGCGAAGGGAAAGCGAGGGAGAUAGAGAAAACGUCGUUCAGCGGGCGACGUCGUCAUGGAAAAUCGAUUCGCCGCCGACCACCACCCCGCUACAACCACCCGCCGCAGUGCAAUGACCUCCAAACCGGGAAGAUCCUACAGCGUGAGGUCUCCGCGAAUCGGAGGUCCUCUUUCGCAGUCGCUUGCUAUGAUACCUCCGACUAUGCACGGGCACGAGUUUAAUCAACCCCUGUCGAGGGUGGUUAUGGUCCGUAAAACGGAUCAAAGGACUUUCAGCAAGGGUAGACGAGGUGGUGAACCUCUUCUAGAGACCGUUACCAGAGAAACCGUUGAACUUUUCAACGGCGGCCGAGCAGAGAGGAAAUAUACCUCGGAAACAAGGGACAUCGUUACACCAAAAUCCAACAGUAUGCCGUCGCUCAACGUGCAAGGAACGAAAAAGAAGGUGGUCGGUUUUGUCGAUCAAGUGUCGCCCGACAGGUCGAGGACAGAUUCAGUAAGGUCGAAGUCUCCGUUGACGGCAUCGCCGGCGUCGCCAGGACCGUUGUCGAAUUCUUUGCAUGGUAGUUUCCAUGGCAGUCUAGGAAGCGAUGGCAUGAGCAGCGUCCCGUCCUGCAGCAGCGCCAGGUCCUCAUCGGCGUCUCCUGAUUCCGCGAGAUAUUCGUCCUCACAGAUAACAAAGACUGACACGCGUAAACCAUCUGUGCGCAGAUCGGGGCCUCCGAAGGAAUUCAUCAACGUCUGCCUCGAUACGCACAAUUUCUACCGAUCGCGGCAUGGAGCACCGCCAUUACGACUCAGCAAGCAGCUGUGCAAGACAAGUCAAGACUGGGCCAACAUAUUGGCAGCUAGGGGUAGAUUAGAACACAGGGCGAACAUUGAUUAUGGAGAGAAUCUCUAUUGUAUGUGGAGCUCAAAUCCAAAGACUGUCGUCGGCGGCGAAGAGCCGGUGAAUGAAUGGUACGCUGAGGAAGCUCAGCACCAGUACGGAAAGGAGCCGACAACACUGAAGACUGGUCAUUUCACGCAAGUAAUCUGGAGGGACAGCACCGAGCUGGGAGUGGGAAUGGCCAGAAAUCGAAACGGAGAGGUCUACGUUGUGUGCAACUAUAAUCCCGCUGGGAAUUUUCUAGGCAGUUUCACGGAGAACGUUCUGCCACCUGUAGAUGCUAGUCCGACAAAGCGAAUUAAUUUUACCGAUCUAAAGCAACAGUAUAUGAUGGACGAGCAGGCGUGGCAGCAAGAGGCGCUGUUAGUUCACAAUGAGUACAGGAGGAGACACCGUGUACCGGACUUGAGGCUGAGUCCGGAACUAACAGCCGCUGCCAAGGCUUGGGCGAACACAUUGCUGAACACAAAUAAAUUAAUACCUCAGUCGUCGUCACCGUACGGCGAAAAUAUUUAUUCAAUGCAAUGUUCCGAUCCCAAAUUGAUCGUGUCUGCGCGCGAAGUCGUUUCGAAGUGGUAUUCCGAGAAAAAAGAGCACAAAUUUGGCAUCGAGCCGAAAGUUCUCAACACAUGCCACUUUACACAAGUUGUCUGGAAAAGCACGUCCGAAAUGGGUAUUGCUAUGGCCAAACGGGACGGCACGUGUGUGAUAGUGGCAUGUUAUCAUCCGAGGGGUAACAUAGUCGGUCAGUUCACCGAGAACGUGCUGAAGCCUGUGAAGAGCGCCUGUUAGCUGGCUAACUAGACUCAUUCUUGUCGAUAAUGUUUUUAAACUCUGUAUUUAUAUAUCGUGCAGAUAAAGAAUGUUAUACGUAAUAUAUGUAAUGUAUAUACGACAAUUGUGCAUAGAAUAAACAUUCCACACAUACACUUAUUUAU